AAGCGCGCCAGACGCACGCGCGAGUUCGGCCGUUGCGUCUUUACGCGGGAAAUAUUUACGUCAUUGUUUACGUGAACUAUAGACAGUAUUACAUGAAUGAAUAUCGAUAAAAAAUAAUAUAUUAACUAUGGAUUACAAAAUGGAGAUUGUUGCGCUGCUUUUAUGCGUUAUACCUGCGUUUGUCGCAUCAAUCACAAUCACACCAAAUGGAAACAGUCCCGAAAUUAAAAUGGUUGGAGGAAUGUCGAUGGAUGUGCAGCAGGACUUCAUACCAAUGGAAUCAAAAAUAGAAGAAGUGACUAUCAGAACAAAUCGUGUAAAGAAGCGAAAACCCCAAACCACCCAAACUAAUAGUAACUCUACAAAGUUAUCGAUCAACGAAAGAUACAGGAGAUUAAUACCUUAUAUGACAUUCUACUAUGCCAACGACUUGGCGGCACCCGUGACGGAUAACGUAAAGGAAGUUGAAGUAGAAAAAGCACAAAUACUCGAGGCUAGCGGCAUAAAUCACGCCAAUAAUCGAGAGCCCAAGAAAAUCGUUUAUUCGAAUAGAAACAUUCCUAGAUAUCAAGGAAACAGAUUAACUCAACAUAACAUCGCAUCCGCAAAUCCAACAAAAGUCUAUUACAAAGGAGGUGUACCAGUUUAUCACACUCCAAACAAAGUAUCUCCAAAUUACAAUCCCUUAGUGUCGGAAUUUAAUAACGGAGUCUUGAGAAAUGAAUACGAAAACGUCAGAUUGGUUCAUAAGCAAGUACCAAAACCCCAAGGCAUUGCGUUUAUACCAACAACCAGAAAGCCUUAUUUGAAUUUAUACAAUGAGGACUCGCCCAACAUACGGUAUUAUUUGUCGGAUAAACCGAAAUAUAAAUUGGUUCCUUAUGAGCAAACUCCUCCCGUUAAAGUGCCCGAAAACGAGAACAUUUAUGACAUAACAAAAAAACCAGUACCAGUAUCGGUGUUAAUACCUAAAGAGCAUGUUUAUGUGAAACCAAGACCGGCUCGUCCGCACUAUGUUUACGACAACAUUGACGUUCAACAACCACCAAUCAGGAAGCAACCGUCAAUUGUUUCAGAAAGUUAUUAUGAGAAACAACGUCCACAACUCCUGCUGGCUCAACCUAUUGUGCAAAGUGGGUUUAAACCAAUAGUUAACUCACCCCAAUAUUCCAAGGAACCUGCGACAUACACUACUAGUGUACCUGAUGUUGAGCUUGAUUUUGAAAAUCAGAAGUACGAAACACAUUUACAGUCUCCACAAAGUGGAAACUAUGAGGAAAUAAAGCCUCAUUACUAUCAAUAUGUGGUUGACCAGGCCCCAACGUAUAAACCUCCAACAGUAACGUCUAACACAGCACCACUGGCGUCUCUGUUGAACUCGCUUCAGCUGAAUAAGUCUAUUCCAAAGCCUAUUACAAAAGAAAAUGUCAGUGCGUCCAUUAGGACUUUACUACAAGUGUUAAAUGUUUUGAAGGCUGUACCGCAAUCAAUCAAUGGAGGUGUCCCAGUUCUAAGCACCCCCAAACCAUUUGUGGCGUCAGAACUAGUUAAAGUAUCAAAACCAAGUAUUGAUGCUCAACCGGACCCAGAACCGGAGCAGCCAACAUUACCGGAUGCAGAAUUCCCCGAAGAACCAUACCUUGCGCCCGUGAAUAGUCCUUCCCAACAACUUGAUGAGUUAUCACCUGGUGUUGGAAGCAGCCAACAUUUCCCCUUGCAGCAGGCAUCCGACGAAGAAGGUGGCACUCCAGGACGGCCGGGCAUCGACUACCCUAUACUCACCACGAUCCCUACCACCAGCUUCGACUGCAAGACGCAGCGGUACAAAGGCUUCUUUGCAGAUCCUGAGACACGUUGUCAGGUGUGGCAUUACUGUGACCUGAAUGGAGGACAGGCGUCGUUCUUAUGCCCGAACGGGACAAUAUUCUCCCAGGCAGGACUGACCUGCGACUGGUGGUUCAAUGUGCGUUGUGCUACCACUACUCAGCUAUACGUAUUGAACGAGAGUCUAUACAAGUACAUCUUGCCACAUUCGCCCAAGUUCCCUGAGGAUUACAGUGGACCACUGGUUGAUAAAUACUUGACCCUUAAAUUCAAAGAAAUGGAGGAAGAAUUCAAAAAGAACAAGAACAAGCAGAGUGUUGCUGAAAAAAGUGAUUCAGAUGAAGAAUCUGAUGACUCUGAUGAAAAUUCUACUGAGAAGGAAGAUUCAAGUGAGAAAGAGGACACUGAAGUCGGCAAAGGAGACAGUCCAGUUAGCGAAACUAGUGUCAUUGUAGACUCGCCCGGAGAGAGUGGGAAAGUCGAAAGGCUACAAGAGUAGUUCUACCUUCACUAAUUUAUUAUAAGUAAAUAGUUAUAGUCCCUCCGAUAUAUAAGUCAGUGUUUCGAUAUUGACCUCAAAUCUAAUGACUAGCGGCGCAGUGAGAGGGACGUCUCUAGAUCUUUGUAUAAAAAUAUUCUGUAGGGAAUCAAUAGAGUAAUGUAAUAUUGCGGACGAAAUCUCGCAUUUUAUAACGCAAGAAUUUGUUGUAGUCGGUAAGAGAUAUUGCCUAAAAAUACAAAGAUGCAAGUAAAAUUGUAAAGGAAAUCUCCUAAAAUGUAUGACUUCUGUAAGGGAGUGAAGUAAAACCAUAACUGUGAUAAGGAAAUGGAAUUCAAGCUAACUCUGAGUUACUGUCUCUUUGCCAGUGUAAGUUAGGACUGAUUGUACUGCGAGUAAUAAGUGAAUACGGAUUAUUUUGUAUGUUGUUUUGCCAUUUUCAAUGUAUGCUUCUAUCAUAAAUUAUGAUUAGUUUUUAGAGAAUUAAACUUGCCAUAUGUUGCCAUGUUUAAUUCAGUUUGAAUGUAAUUAGGUAAGUUUGUGUACUUAAGGUAAGGUAAUUUAAUCGUAGGUAAUGCAAGUAUUUAUAGUUGAAUACUCAUAGUGAUAUUUGUGCAAUGUGUAAAUAAAUCACACCUAUUGUAUGUGUUGCCAUUAACAUGAUAAUCAUUGAACUGUGCAAUAAAAUUAUUUUAUUUACCGAG